AUGGCUUCUGCUGCGUCUUGUUGCUUGAACGACUCAGUUCCAGAACGACGAAUCCUAAAUGCAGUCCUCCCAAUAUUUGCUGGACCGAUUCCGUGGAGUCUCUCUGCGCCGGCCACUCGUGAUGAAUACACGGUAGAUUCCGUGACCGACGACCUUAAUGUCGAGAAGGCCGUGGCAUUUUUCUUAGAGGAUAUGGUCUCGAUAAGCAUUCAAUUGGUCGAGAUCUCGGACUACACUCUGUCACCACAGGCUCUUCGUUCCUGCCGCGAAGUCAUUGAAGACCUACUAAAUUUUCUCGAAGACCUCGUCGAGGACGACAUUCUCGAUGAUCCACUCGCUCAGGACGAGGAUUUGUGUCAGCAGCCAGGAGGCGAUUCCAACGCUGACAAAAAGCCAGCACCAGUUCCAACCAACAAGGGUUGGGCUUUAGGGGAAUUGCUCUCAUGGAUACCAGAUAUUCUUGUGUCGCCAGCUGACAAUAUUCCUGAGAUAGCAUUGCGGCCUCAGCCACAGUCAUCCUUUCCGCCGUCACCCCUAAUAGCCCUCGACGCUCCAAAAGAAGGCCAGCAUAGAAAGCUGGGCGCACUGGGAAGACUACUUGUCAAACGAUCCUCGAGUAGUACUGAAAGCCUAGACACUAUUUGCCAGGAUUUCAUAAUUCUUCAUCACGGGUUGGAUUCUUUUCUCGGAGGUCUCGCCAGGGCCGGUGCCGUCAAUGCCUGCUUAGGUGACCUCAUAUGCGAUCUGGGUGGCCCAAGUCCUCUACCGCCAGCUUUCAACCAAGUCUCCAAAACGCAGUGGCAAGACCUUACAUCAUGGCAACUUUCGAAUCAACUCUUUCACUUGCUGCAGAAAAAGACCUGCUCAAACCAGCAUCACAAAGCAAAGCUCCAGUUGGCCGGCUUCAAGCUAGAUGAGAGCUCCAGCGAGUCUUUAUCGCUUGAUAUGUUUCUUUCUCCAUGCACCCGUAGUACCUUCUGGCAACAAUGUCAGUGCACUGCAAUCCCUAAAAACCCAUUCACGUCUCGCAAAUUCCGUAUGAUUAGUGAUAUCUGUCGGUCUAUUGAGGAUAUCCAAUCAACCAAUAAUGUGUUCAACAUCAUAUUCGAUGAGGAUUAUUUGUGGCGUCCAUCACAAGGAGAGACUGCCUCAUCGUAUGACGGUGCCUCACCAUCUGUGACUCUUGGCGAACUCCUUGAAAAGGGCUAUCUACAAGAGGAUGGUAAUGACAGCACAUCAUUCGACAUGAAUGACAAAGCCGUGUUGGCUCUGUCAUUGGCGCGAUGCCUGCUUCACCUAUGGGACGGAGCAUGGUUAAAGGCUCCAUUGCGAGUCGAAACCAUCCAAUUUCUUACCCACUCUGACAAGAUUAUCGAUAUCCACCGUCCAUAUAUCACAAGAACGCUGGGAAAGUCUCAACCGAACGAUUUGUCUUCCAGCGAGCCAAUCGCCAUCCAAAGCUCCCUGCGAGCCUUCGCCCUUCUGCUACUUGAGAUUGAAACGGGAAAGAGGAUCCUGACUCAAUCGAGUCUCCCUUCGCCAGAUGAUGUCGAAGACGCCAUUGAUCGCGUCUUGGUGCAGAGGGCCAACAAGUACGGUCGUGGAGAUUAUAACAAAGCCGUCAGAGGAUGCUUUCAUAUCAAGGCGAUACUCAAGAGACGACAAAGGGAUAGGCCAGAUGGUGCUGGCGACGAUUUGCAUCAGAUGCGUCAGGCCCUCUACGAAGGGAUUGUGGAGCACUUGGAGCGUAAUUUUAGCCAAGUUCAAGACCAGGAGCAAGCUUUAGGAUUGCGCAUCCUUAAUCUCAGAGAGUGCACCACUGAUAAGAACCAUCUGGACCCAUGCCAGGAGGAGGAGCAGUCCUGUGCAAAUGACUCUACCGAGUCUACAACCUCUGACACGAGAUACUCGUCGCCAGAAGUAGCUCAGGAGCCCAAUAACACCUUACGCGAGACGGCCCACAAGACCACUCUACUCGAUCGUAAGCCUUUAACCAAAAGUAAAAGAGCUGGCCGCGUAGCAAAUAUUCUCGAGCGAUUCACCUCUUUCCGCUAUCGCCGAGUAAGUGGAAAGGCUGAUUUGGGGAAAAACACGCUCCCACCAGAGCCUACCAAUCUUGUCGCCGUAAAUUCAACCGCUCACAAGAAGUGUGACGAGCCGAGCUCAGCCGGGAACAGCGCCAAGCGUGUUCGCCGCAAACAAAAGCAGCAUGGCCAAACACAGUCCGUGAGGAUUUCUCCCAUUGUUUCUGAAUAUGAAGAGAGCGGUGGGGACUGUACCAAACCCAAAAAGCGUGAGGACUUUAAAAUCGCCAUAUUUUGCGCUCUCCCUGAGGAGGCCGACGCUGUUAUAGCACUCUUCGAUCAGCACUGGAAACGAAAGGAGUACGGCAAAAAACGGCGUGACCCCAACUCGUACACUCUUGGUGCGAUUGGAGCCUACAAUGUAGUCCUGGUGCAUCUGCCAGGCAUGGGCAAGGGAGUCGCUGCAAGUGCGGCAUCGAGCUGCUACGCAAGCUUUGCUGGAAUAAAGCUUGCCCUUGUGGUCGGUGUCUGCGGAGGUGUACCAUUUGGGCCGUCUCAGACAGAGCGCAUCUUGGGAGAUGUGGUUAUUAGCAAUGGCCUCGUUCAGUACGAUUUUGGUCGACAGUACCCCGACGAGUUCACGCGGAAAGGGACGAUCCAUGAUAACCAGAGCAGGCCAAACCCGGAAGUCAGGGGUUUUCUCGCCAGACUUAAGGGUAUUCAAUGCCAAACCGCCCUUGUAGACGGACUACAGAGGCAUCUCAUCAACCUGCGUAAUGAGAACGCAUAUGAGUAUCCUGGUGUCAAUGCGGACAUUCUGUACGAGCCAUCAUACUCGCAUAGGCACCGUGAUGCCUCCCGUUGUCCGGACUGGGGCAAAUCGUGUGGUAAAGGCAAGGCUUGCCACACAGCGAGAGGCUUGACUUGCGAAGAACUGGCAUGCGACCGUCUCCGACUUGUAGAACGCCAACGUCUUCUCCAGCCAAUUGCGGGUAACGGUGAAAGAGCCGAUUCUUCUGUGCGGCCAGUGGUGCACAUUGGUACGAUUGGAUGCGGUGAUAAGGUUAUGAAAUCCGCCGAAGAGCGUGACAUGAUUGCACAAAACGAGGACCUUAUUGCGUUUGAGAUGGAGGGUGUGGGCGUUUGGGAUCACUUCCCCUGCCUCGUUAUCAAGGGCAUUUGUGACUACGCAGACUGCCAUAAGAGUAAGAGGUGGCAAAGCUAUGCAAUGGCAACAGCAGCAGCGUGCAUGAAGAGUGUGUUGGAGCAAUGGGGCUAA